UUAUAAUCAAAUUUGGGGUUUUUAUUGCACGAGUUGGUACUACAAUUGGUAGCAUUAGUUGUCAAUUGUCACAUUUGACAAGCAAGAUGGUGGAAGAAACUUUAAAUAAUAUAAACAAACCCAAACUCAAGGCAGCAAAUUACAAUAAACCAAAGUCGGUGUAUUCGUGGACUGUGUUGGAUGUGCAAAAGUGGCUUCGGAGGCACUGCACCGACUACUAUGCCCUUUAUGUCGACAAAUUCAUCCAGAAUGAUGUAACAGGUCGAACAUUACUGCGAAUCAAUGAUAAUUCCUUAUUAAGAUUGGGAAUAACGGAUGUCGACCACCGAGAGGCAAUCUGGCGCGAAAUUUUGAAACUCCGGUUAAAAACCGACAUAAUGGAAAUCCGGGACUUGCAACGACGCAACACAAACAACAUGUUUUAUGAAUACUCAAUAGCUUGAUUUAAUUGUAAUUCUAUACAAAUAAAUUAAAUAAAUAACUAA